UGUUGUCAUGCACAGGCGCUCUCCCUCUUUUGGCACAAAGUAGGCUGGCAGCACAACAGCCAUGUGUUUAAGCUCCACGCUUUGAAGGGCUCGAAAAAACUUUUUCAGGACAGUUUCUGAGAAACAUUGUGUACAGAGGGAGAGAGAGGGAGAGAGAGGGAGGAGGAGGAGGAGAGUGAGGGUGAGAGAGAGUGUAAGUGUGAGGGAGAGAGAUGGGGAGCAGACGGAGCUGCAGACAAAAACAAGCUGUCUUCCAUGCGGUGAUUUGAUCUUAGUUGUUGGAGGAAGACUUUGUUGUUUUUGGGAGGGAGGACGGUGUUUGUGGAGAUCCUGCAGGAGACUCAGCAACAGAGGUGGCUGUAAUCCUGUAAAUCCAGUCUGUGCUUCCCCCAUCCCAUCGUUGGAUUUAGCUCCGAGCUGUUUCGGCGAUGCAGUGCGACGAGCUCUCAGCCCGAGAUGAGUUCACCUACAGCCACAUGCCCAUUCUGGAGAGGGGCGGCGGGACUCUGGAGAGGGGCGGCGGGACUCUGGAGAGGGGAGGUGGUUCGCUGGGACGACGGGGCGACAGGGGAUCCGAGAGAAGGCCGGACAGGGGGGAGCGGUAUAGGCCGGAGCGGGACAGCUACACAGUGGACGUGAGGGCCAGUGACCUGCAGCUGGCCCAGCCGGAGCCUCUAAAGCACCCCUGCUUCAGCUACAGGGCCUGGCUCUACAGUGUCCUCAUAGGGGGCAGUCUGCUCAUCACGUCGGGUUUCUCUCUGUACCUGGGAAAUGUGUUUCCUGUUGCCAUGGACUACCUACGCUGUGCUGCGGGCUCUGGCCUUCCUGCAGCGAUCGCCAGCUUUGCCAUUGCCAAGAACAGACAUGUUGCAGUGUCAGAUUUCCAGGUGGUCUACGUGUCGACGUUUGCUGUGACCACCACCUGCCUGGUUUGGUUCGGGUGUAAGCUGGUCCUGAACCCCUCUGCUGUCAACAUCAACUUCAACCUCAUCCUGAUGAUUGUGCUGGAGGUGUUGAUGGCCAGUACUGUCAUCCUGUCAGCCCGGUCUGCAGAAGACUGCUGCUGCCACAGGAAGACGUACGACAGACCUGUGAUCAUAAAGCCCGCCGUGUUCCCCACCAGAGUCCUUAAAGCGUAUUCUGUGAUCGAAGUGAUCGUGGGGAUCUCUGCUGUGUUCGGAGGGAUAAUCGCGCUCAACAUGGACGCUUUGUUGCCUGGCCCCUACUUGUCCGUCACAUUUUUCUGGAUUCUUGUGGCUUGUUUCCCCAGUGCUAUCGCCAGUCACGUUGUGUCAGAAUACCCCAACAAAUGUCUGGUGGAGGUGCUGAUCGCCAUCAGCAGCGUGACAUCUCCUCUGCUCUUCUCAGCCUCCGGCUUCCUCUCUUGCAGUGUGAUCAGCUUCAUUGAAAUGUUCCUGCAUGAUGUGCCUACAGCCAAGCAAUCCUACGACAUCCUGCUGCUGAUUCUGAUGGUGCUGCUGCUGGUGCAGGCUAUUCUGACUUCAGCCACUGUGGUGCACUGUGCCUCCUACAAGAGUCAGCUCCGCAUGGGGGCUGUGGAGUGCGAUGACAGCAUGCGCACCUCCAGUCACUACUGCGAGCAGCAGGCAUCCAAUGGAACGCUGCAGGAUUUCGACAAAGACAGAGCCUGGAAGGCAGUCGUGGUCCAAAUGGCCCAAUGAGCGGUUCACUACCGUGCAGGAAGAAAGAGAGAGAGAGAGAGAAGUUAAUGAUGAGAAAGAAGGAAUAUACACAACAAACUCUGCAAGCUGUGAGCGCAAGAGCACAAUCCUGAGACAGGAAGAAAGACGUGUUCAGAGAUGGAGAGGGAAUCAGAGAAAUCUGAGGGGGAGGAAGUUUAAAAAAAAUGCACGACAGAGAAAAUGAUUCUUUAAUUUGUUUUUGUUGAGGAUGUUUGCGUAGAUGAUGCUCGGAGCGCCGUGUUUGAUGUCUGUUCUCUGGGUUUCUUCUCAUAACUGUUGUCUGCAUGCUGACGUGGAGAGGAGAGGCUUCAUCCGACCUGGGAAUUGAACCAUUUUCUGUAGUUUAAUAAGCAGAAGUGUAUUUACACUGACAGCAUGUAGGUGCAAUGAACAAUCAUGUGAGUCAGUGUGUUCAGUAGUGUAACAGUGAUGUUCAGCAGCGCAGUAGUGGCUGUUUACUACAGAUUAUCACAGGAGAACUGAUCCUCCUGGAUUAAUCACCUGGUGUAACAGUGUUUUAACAGAGAUUAUGUCUCAUUAGAAAUAAAACGUUUGUCAUCAACUGUAAGUAAACGUGUGUGAUGGUUUAUUAAAGGAUAAGUUCACAAACAAUUAAAAAUCAGGCAUUAUCUACUCUCCCUCCGUGCUGACAGAAAGUCUGGUGAUGUUUUUAUGCUGCAGCAAUUUUUCGAGGUUUGUUUCGUUCACACGGGACAAGAAAGAAAACCGACUCUCCCGAUUCAUCCUCAGGGUUUAUAGAUUCUAACUUCCAUGAAGCAAAGUCGGAUAAAGAGAUCAAUGAGGCGGGCAGACGGGCUCACAAUACAUUUAAGAAUGUGCCACUGUGGAUCUAUUGCAGAAUUCAUUGCCUGCCGUCACCGCCCUGCUGUCUCCUCCAGCGUCCUGCCUGCAGCCUGUCAGCCGUGAAUAAUGUGAGCGUGCAAAGUUACUCAAGUAAUCAAGUAAUCGUGAGAAGUGGCAGGAAGUGCCUCGCAAUUAUACUUAUAAGUACAGAAUUUGAGCAGAUUGCACUUUGUUACGUUACGUCACUGGUUGUUCUAAAUGUUGCAGUUGUGAUGAUAUUAUUAGUCAAUAUUAAUAGAUCCUUGGUAUAAACUCCUUAAAGGCAGAGCUGGUGAGUUUUAAUGUGCUGGGUCUGUGAUGGAAGCUGCAGCACAUCUCAGACGUGAACAUCACCAGGAUCUGUGAGAUGGAGGGGAGAAGGAGGGAGGAAGAGGAAGAGAGGUAGAGAGAGAGAAGGAGGAAGGC